AUGGAUAUUCAAACCUUGUUAAACAACCUUCAUGAAGAAUUAUCAUGUUCUGUGUGUAUGAGCAAGUACACCGAUCCAAAACAGUUGCCGUGCUUGCAUAGUUUUUGCCUCCAUUGUCUGAAUGGGAUUCCACGAACGAGUGGCAGACGAGAUAAAAUUGCGUGCCCGGAGUGCAGACAGGAAUUCAAUGUCCCUGAUAAUGGAAACCUAGCAGCUUUGCCAACAAAUUUUCGUAUUAACAGCUUGCUCGAUGUAUUAGCAAUAAAGGAGUGCAACACGACCGGAGUUAAGUGUGGAAAUUGCGACGAAAGAACUAAACAGAGCCAUUAUUGUUUCCAGUGUUAUGCUUUCUGGUGCGAGGAGUGUAUUGGUCUCCACAACAGAAUCAAGGCGAAUAAAGAUCACUACGCGCUGGCUUUAGAAGACUUUCAAGAUCAAGACUUUGAGAACAUUUUACAGAGGCCAGAAUUUUGUGCAAUGCCAGGCCAUGAAAAGAAAGAAAUCGAGUUUUUUUGCAAGAUUUGUGAAGUAGCAAUUUGUAACGCUUGUGCGUUGACCGAUCAUGAUGGGCACGGAAAGAUUCUUCUAGAACUGGCUGCAAAUGAACGGAAGUUAAAAGUUAUGUCUGCGAUUGAAUCGCACAGGAAAAGAGCACAAAUAAACAGAAUCAAAAUCACCAAACUUGACGAAUGCCAUAAUGAAGUUCAAGAACAAGCCGCUCGUGUGAAGAAAAACGUACAGGAGUAUGCUGACCGCAUUCAUGCAGCGAUUGAAGCAAAGAAACUGGAGAUCUUUGAUGAUGUGGAACGAAGAACAAAAGCAUAUCUUCAAGAAAUUGGAAAGCAAAAAGAGGAGUUUAAAGAACAGGCAAGACGACAUGAAUCAGAAAUAGAAGAUACUGAAACACUUCUAAAGCGACGCACAAGCACCCAACUCAUGCAACCGAACGAGCAGAUGGACAAAAUAUUAAAGGAAGAAAAUUACCAAGAAGACCGAAGUGAUCGUGAUGACCGUCCAUGUCAGGAAUUUGAUUUUGUGAAGAAUCAAAGGUUAUUUGAUCUCGUAAGUACUGAACAAAUUGGUUCCCUUACCCAAACAAGAGCGCAACAGUCGAGUGCUGAUGGAAAAAGGAUAAAUGAAGCGACUGUUGGACUUGAAGCACAGCUUGUUGUGACAACAAGAAACAAGAAAUGUCAACAGUGUUAUAAUAAUAAUGACUGUGUCGCACUGGAAGUUAGAAAUUGUCAAGGUGAUAACUGCGUAGCCGAAGUGCAAGUCCAAGAUAACAAAGAUGGUACUUACAAGAUCAAAUACUUUGCCAAAGAAACAGGAACAUGCAGUGCAUCACUGAAGGUUAAUGGAGAACAUAUCCGUGGCAGCCCUUUUGAGGUUCAAGUCAAACCCAGACAGUUCAGAUCUGUGUUAUCUUUUGGAGAACAAAUAUUGAAGAAACCUUGGGGGGUAGCAGUAAAUGAACAAGAUGAAAUUGCAGUAGGUGACGUUGGUAACCAUAAGAUUCAUUUAUUUAAGAGCGAUGGAACUCAUGUUAAAUCUUUUGGUGGAAAGGGUGCUCAACACGGUGAGUUUGACUUCCCCUCCGGGACAGUAUAUCAUGGUGACAAUAUUAUUGUAGCUGAACAGGAUAACCACAGAGUCCAAGUGCUAAGUAGACAGGGGGGAUACCUUCGCCACUUUGGGAGGGAAGGAAGUCUUGAUCACAAACUUAGCUCUCCUACUGGUUUAUCUAUUGACAGUGAUGACCAUAUCAUUGUAGCCGAUAGGCAAAACAAAUUAAUUAAGAUAUUUUCCGCUGAUGGACAGUUUUUAAAUAAACUAGGCACAGAGGGCUCUUUCACUGAACCCUUUCACUGUAUUCAACAUAACAACUAUCUUAUAGUAUCAGACAAAGGUGAUCAUUGUAUAAAAUGCUUUGAUAGGAGAGGUAACUUUCCUUACCAAUUUGGGAACAAGGGAAAUGCAGACGGAGAGUUUAACUCACCUCACUGCUUGUCCAUGGACAAGGCAGGACACCUGAUGGUUUGUGAUUCAUUCAAUCACAGGAUUCAGGUGUUUGAUCUGAGUGGGAAGUUUGUCGCUAAGUUUGGAACAAAAGGAAGCGAGAUGGGAGAGUUUAAUAUACCAGUCUCAGCAGCAGUUCUCAGUGAUGGUAAAAUAGUCGUGUCUGACUUCAGAAACAGACGUAUUCAGAUUUUUGAAUGA